AUGGCAGAAGGUGAGGGCUCCGCCAAAGGCGUGGAGGCACGGACUUUAUGGACACUCAACAGGCUGAUGGUGCUCCUGGGCGUCCGGCCGGAAAAGUCAGAUAAGUUCAUCAGCGGUUUCACUACAGAGGAGGCUUCUGCUAGAGCUUUGGCACGCUUCUUGGACGAGCCUGAAGUCCCAGCGUGCUUUUUCAUCCCUAGCAGUGAGUCGGUCACAUGCACUGUGGAUCUCCCUUCAGCUCCGCAGAUGAGAAAGAAAUUUGUGGCCAUGCAUAGAUCGAGCCCUGAAGUCCAGAUCAGCAAGGAAACCAUUGCAGAGUCAGUCAUCCUCAUGGAGAUGACGAAGAACGUGAUGGAUCUGCUGAACAUGUAUUGCCAAUCAGUUUACCUUUCUACACUGACGAACCCUGCAAAUCAGGCAGGAUGGUCAGAUCUGAUCGCCAAAGACCUCAUGGACAAGUACCAUGUUUUCCUUGCCAGCUUGCAUGUAACCGUGGGACUCAUGAAGGGCCACACCUGGUUGCCCCACCCACCCCGAGAUGCGCUCCCCACCAGUGGCGGCAUGGCUGCUGCCUCAGGCGGCGCUGGAUCAUCUGGUGGCAAGGAUAAGGUGCACGUCCUGGAAGGGGCGGUGAUUACAUGGACCAAGCAGAUUCGCCACGUGCUCAAACAGGAUCCUGAGGUGCUGCUCAAGGACGGCAAGAACCCGGAACCAAGCGCUGAGCUCAAGUUUUGGCGGAGCAAAGCAGCAAACUUGAACUCCAUCCAUUCUCAAUUGGGUAUGGACGCGCUGAAGAAGGUCCUGAAGUUCCUAGAGACGAACAAAAGCACCUACACUGCACCUUUUUCAAAGCUGCAGAAGGAGGUUGAAGAGGCUCGGGAAGAGGCAAACGACAAUGUAAAGUUCCUGUCAACGUUGACAAAGUCCAUCGACAAGCUCACCAGUGACAGCGCCGAUUUCGAGCAGCUCGAGCAGCUGUUUGAGCCAGUCCUUCACAACAUUCUGCUCAUCUGGCGCUAUUCGAAGUUCUACACCACACCAACUCGCUUGGCUGUCCUGAUCAGGGAAAUUUGCAAUUCCAUCAUUGCACAGGCGGUCCGGUACAUCAACGGCAGUGAUAUUUUCACCAUGAUCUCUUCCGAAGAGACAACAGAAUGCUAUAGCAAGCUCGAGAACACAUACAGGAUUUGCACUGCCUUCAAGGAUGCCUACCUGCUAUUCAAGGACAUUGCGCUGAAUCAGGAUGGUUCCGGAUGGAAGAUGAAGAACGAUGCCCUCUUUGUUCGCCUGGACUCCUUCCGAGAUCGCUGCCGCGAUGCUUUGGACUUCACACGCACGGUGAUCCAGUUCUCCAAGCUCGAGCGUGUGGAAAUCGGUGGAACAAAGGGUAAAGUCCUUUCGGACUGUGUCGUCGCCAUCAAAGAGGAGUUCUUGAAGUGUGUCGAGACCUUCAAAGGUGUGAGCUAUGACAUCAUGGAUGUCGGAGAAGUGCAGUUCGAACAUGACUACUUCAAGUUCCGCAUGACAGUCAAGGAUCUUGAUAGGAGACUUGGUAGCCUCCUGGGCUCCGCUUUUGACGAUUUGGACACCAUCAACAUGCGCGUCAAGCUCUUCGACAUUUUCGAGGGCUUGCUGGAGCGUCCGAUCAUCCAGGCAGAGCUGGAGAAGAAGCACAAGAUGCUGUUGCACCAGGUCGAGCAGGAUCUCACAGCCGUUGAGACUGGCUUCGUGGAGGCGAAGGACAAGGUGGACCAGUGCUACGACGAUGCACCGAUCUUCUCGAACCUGCCUCCAGCGGCGGGUGCCAUCUAUUGGGCCCGGUGCUCAAGGCACCGCAUCAAUGAACCGAUGAACAAGCUCGCGUUCUACAACCUCGCAUUGAGGGAAACGCCUGAAGAGUUCAGAGAGGUGAAAAAGCAGCAUCAGACCUUGGACAAGAUGCUCCAGGACUACGAGCUGCAGCGCUACCAAACUUGGGAGCAGACCUCCGUCGAAGCCGCCAAGGAGAAGCUCAAGAUGAGGCUCCUGCGACGGCAGGAGAAGUCGGGUCUUCUGAAGGUGAACUUCGACCCGGCCUUGGUCCGUUUGCUGCGGGAGGUGAAGUUUUUCCUCAUCUUCGACAUCGAGGUGCCUCCCGCCGCGCUGGAGAUGUUCGACCGGGUGGCCACUUACAGGCAGUGGGUCGCGCAGAUGGAUCACAUCGUGGGCAUGUACAAUGCCGUGCUGACAGAGCUGCUUCCGGUCGAGGAGCCACUCUUGGAAGAUCGUAUUGCCAAGAUGGAUCAGGUGCUGUCGCCGGGUCUCACGGAGCUGAAGUGGCGCAGCGAGGAUAAAAUCCCGGAGUUCAUCGAGAACACCAUGCGUGUGGUCAGCGACGUGUCUGGAGUCGUGGAGAUCAUGAAGGGUAACCUGCGGUCGAUUUCCGGCAUUCUCUCGCAGUGGUGCAAGGAGCCAAUCAUCUCAAGAGCGAAAGGUUCUAAGCCUAUGGCGCUGGACGAGUUUGAUCUGAAGCACAAGGAGCGUGUGGGCAUGCGCAUGAUGACUCAGUCAGAUGGUGGCAAGGAGAUCCACAAGUUCGUCAAGGACUCUUCGGAGGCCUUGAAGGUCUCCAAGGUAGCAGCCAACUGGAAGGCUUAUGUGGACUUCGUGCCCUGGCUUGCAGCU